ACAUUUCAUUUACCGAGUAUUACGCCGUAGCUGCCAUUUUGUGUGCUGUCACAACCUACAUGCCUCUAAUCCAUCAUCCUUAAAAAGCCUUCCUUUUACGACGCAGUAGACCCAGUAGAUUUUGAAGGCUUCCUAAUGACGCGAUUGAACAACUUGGACUCAGAACUAGCACAAGAACUUGGUGACUUUCCUGAAGAUGACUUGGACAUUGUCUUUACACCCAAAGAGUGCAGGACUUUGCAACCCUCUAUGCCAGAAGAUGGGGUUGAACUGGACUCACAUGUCAGAGACUGUGUUCAGACGUAUAUCCGGGAGUGGCUGAUUGUGAAUCGAAAGAACCAAGGCAGUUCAGAUAAUUGUAGCCUGAAAAACAAGGGAUCCCGAAAAGACUUUCACAAGACACUUCGAAAACAAACAUUUGCAUCAGAAACAUUGGAUUCCGGGGAUGCAAACUUUCAGGCGGGGCCCCGACACAUCCAGGCGCUCCCUGAGGAGGCCUCGAGGACGACCCUCGCCUCCUCUGACUUUGACCUGCGCAGCCUGCAGCCGGAGCCCCGCCUGGAAAACCUGCUGCGGCAUGUCAGCGCCGAGGAGUUCGAGAGGCAGAAUGAGGAGGCACGCCGCACCAACAGGCACGCCGAGCUCCUUGCCCUCUACCCCUCCGUGGAUGAGGAGGAUGCAGUGGAGAUACGGCCGGUGCCAGAUCGCCCAAAGGAACAUCUGGGCAACAGGAUUUUGGUGAAGCUGCAGACUCUGAAGUUUGAUAUAGAGAUUGAACCUUUGUUUGCAUGCAUAGCUCUCUAUGAUAUAAAAGAACGAAAAAAGAUCUCAGAAAAUUUUCAUUGCGACCUCAACCCUGAUUCAUUAAGAGGAUUCUUGCGUUCUCAUACACCCUCCAUUGACUUGUCUACUCAGGCAAGAUCAGCAGUAUUUUCUGUCACUUACCCCUCAUCGGAUAUAUACCUAGUAAUAAAGAUAGAAAAGGUGCUUCAGCAAGGAGAAAUUGGAGACUGUGCAGAACCCUACAUGGUUCUUAAGGAAAGUGAAGCUGGCAAGACAAAAGAAAAGAUUGAAAAACUGAAAGCCCAAGCCGAAUCCUUUUGUCAGCGGUUGGGGAAAUAUAGAAUGCCAUUCGCCUGGAUUCCCAUAAGCCUAACUAAUUUCUUCAACCUUUCAACACUUGAACGAGAAAUACCUGAGGCCGAAGGUUUAAAUGGAAAAGGAUCCACUAGUGACAAGAGGGCAACGCUGCUACAGGCAAGAAGACUUUCUGAAAGAAGUCUCAGCUCGGAGGACAGCUAUCCAGUAUCAAACUUCAAAACAAUCUCUCUGACCCUCAGCACCUUUUUUAAACAGGAAGGAGACAGGCUCAGUGAUGAAGAUCUGUUCAAAUUUUUAGCUGAUUUCAAAAGAUCAUCUUCCUUGCAGAGAAGAAUUAAGACUUUACCAGGAACACUUAAACUGGAGAUUUCCCCAGCUCCAGAAAACCUUGGUUAUUGUCUGACACCAGAGUUACUACCAGUGAAGCCAUUUUCAGAAAAUCGUAAUCGUCCUCACAAAGAGAUUUUGGAAUUCCCAAUUAGAGAAGUGUAUGUUCCCCAUACCAUUUACAGAUACACUGCUCUGCAGGGAGAAUCAAACACCAACAAGGACAAAGGUUCACCUAACUUAGUGGUGUCACCAGUACGAAGUCAGACUAAGCCACCGAUCAAAACAGCCUCAUCUAACAUCUCAAUUGAGGUGAGGGAAGGUAACCCAUUCAGCAGCAAAAGCACUAGGCUUGUUGAUGAGUUAGUAACUGUGGAAACGGUGGAGAAUGAUCAGAUGACCCACCUGAUGGAUGAGGGAAAGGCUGUGGAUAUUGUUUACCUCGACCUCCGUAAAACCUUUGACACUGUUUCCCAGGGAAUUCUAAUGAAGAAACUGGCUCCUCAUGGCUUAGAUGACCAUACACUCUGCUGG